AUGUCGGCUGCCCGAUAUCCAUCUCCAACGCGCAAGGAUACGGCCAUUACCUACAAGAAGCAGUUGUCUGCCUACAACAUAACUGUGCGCCAAGGGAUUGAGCUUCCGGAGGUGCUUGCCAAGUUUGUGAGCACACUCCAACAGAGCCGUCAACAAGGCGCUUCGCCGCAUGCGCAAGCCAUAUUGGAUACACGGAGAGCCGCGGCGCUGGAAAAUGAGACUACGGCGCGCAAGAUGCUGGACGAGAAUAUUCUCUUCCGAGGCGAGGCUCACCCCGAUGGCAUCAAGGGCCUGACACUCAAGGAUCAAGUAGAUCUAGUUGGAGAUUUUCCCUUGCUGGGCCGCCGCGUGCUACAGUGCCAGAGCGAUGGGGCGUACUCGCGCAGCCUCAACCUGACAGUGGCAUCGGGCAUCCAGAAUGGUACAAUGUCGUCCACAAGGCCGAUACGCACUUCCCGCCUCCUCACUGCUCGGUGGAAAGCCGGCCUUUCCGGUGAAAACCAGGUUCAUGCCGCGCUACAGGCUGCCCGCGACGGUGCGCUUAUCGUUAACUACAAGUGCCAAUUCUACCUGCGCGCAUACCCUGAACGUUGCCCGUCACAGCUCGAGACCUGCCAUUUCUCCGCAACGACUGAGACGUAUACAUGCAUACUGUGGAUACACUGGCGGGAGAGUGGCCCGAAUGACGACGAGGUGUACUUGCGCAUGGAGGAAGUAGAAACGGCACGCAUGAAUAAGCUGCAUGACUUACAGGAGUUGCGGAAAGUGCUGCAUAACUACCUACUGUUGAAUAUGCCUUGGGUGAAGAAGACGCAGUCGCAAAGCUCCAUGACCGACAACAUCUGCACUUGCUAUGCGGUUCUUGGACAAGCCUUUGACGCCUUCAAGUAA